AUGAGUUCGCAGCUAUUCUACAUACCAGUUGAACAGACGGAAGUACUGGCAAGCGGCCUUUGGGGCACAGUAUUUCGAGUAAAAAACGAGAAAAUUGUCGUUAAAGUAGCAAAAGAUGGUGGAAAGGGGUUGUUUGAGAGCGAGAGGAAAUGCCUCGAAAGACUGGGGGGUAGCGGGGUGAUUGCGCGUUACCUCGGCGUCGCGCAAGUGGGGAGAAGCGAGGAUGGGAAAAGUGGUCUCCUCUUCGAAUAUUACCCACUUGGUACCCUGAAAGACUUCCUGGGCCAGCCUGUUUCGAUUGAAGUUCGAAGCAGCCGGAAGCAGCAGCUCCAAUGGACAUCACAGGUUGUCGAUGCGCUCAUUAAGAUUCAUACCCUCGAUGUGAUUCAUGGUGACAUCGGCAUUCACAACAUUCUUGUUGCGGAUAACUAUAACCUGAAACUCACAGACUUCGGUGGCUCCAGCAUCGAUGGGGCAGAGAUGCAGGUUGAAUGCUCCCCUCGGUACCACCGCCCUCAUUCAUGGCGGUUUCCUAUUACAGGCGUUGAUUGCCCCACAGAGACUUGGAGAAUACCUACCAGAAAAAUUGAUACAUUCGCACUUGGCACUGUUCUGUACGAAAUUUUCACAGCUGCACAGCUUUACAAAGACGAAAAUUAUGAUCAAAUCCGCCGCCAUGCAACGCGCAGAGAGUAUCCGGAUCUCAACGUUAUAGAGCUACCAGAAGUCAGAGGUGUGAUUACCAAAUGCUGGAGCGAGCAAUAUGACGAUGCUCAGCAAAUCAUGAAGGAAUUGGCACCAAUUUGGGAAGAGGUCAAUCCGCGAAAGCAAUAUAACUAA